AUGGAGUUCUCGCAACUCGCCGUGCCCUGCGUCUACGCUCUAAUCUUCUUCCUGGGCUAUCCCUCGCAGUACCUGCUGCUGCACCUGGAUCCCGCGCCGCUGAGCAAAAACGAGCUCAUUGCCGCGAAUGUGAUUCUCGUGCUGAUUCUGAUUACGUAUUCCAAGAGCGUAUUUGUCGAUCCGGGCACGAUUCCCAGGAAUUGGAAUCUGGGUGGCGGUGCUGCUGCUGCUGCUGAGGCGAAGACGGAUGAGAAGGAAGAGGAGGCGGCAGCGGCAGCGGCGGCGGCGGUAGGAAAGAGUCGGAAAUGGUGUUUUCGAUGCAUACCUAAAAUGGACCACCACUGCCCCUGGACCAACAACUGCGUCAGCCACACGACAUUCCCGCACUUUAUCCGGUUUCUCAUGUACACGAGCAUCGGGCUGGGGAUGCUGCAAUCCUUCCUAUUCACGCGCCUCGCGUUCCUAUGGACCAACUUCGACAUGCCUUCAUCACUGGGCCCCACAAAGCUGCAACUGGCACACCUCUUCGCCGUAAUAAUCACAAACAGCAUCACGCUGUUUAUCCUGGGCAUCCUGUUCCUGCGCAACCUGUGGUGCCUCGCCGUCAACACCACCACCAUCGAAGGCUGGGAAAUCGAACGCCACAAGACGCUGCUCCGCCGCGCCCGCCAGUACGGCGGCUACUUGCCCUCGCCUGACGGCGCGCACCAGAUUCGCAUCAAGAAGCAGGAGUUCCCAUACGACAUUGGCAUCUGGGCGAACAUUGUGCAGGGCAUGAAUUCGGCAAACCCGCUUUCCUGGCUUAAUCCUUUGGCUCCCACGCCCAGUGUGGCGAGUGGCCUGGCGUUUGAGACGAAUGGCUUCGAGGACGAGGGCACCGCGUGGCCGCCGCCAGACCCGGAUCGCGCGUACAGGAGGAGCAUCAAGGCGCCUGAGGGUGAUGCGUUUCGCUUUGGGGACCCGGGCAUGAAUGCCGAGGAGACGCUCAAGGCGUUCAAGGCGAGGCAGUUUGAGGAUGAGUUGAGGAGGAGGAAGUCGUAUGCGGGACGUGUGUAUCAAAAGGUGAUGGAUGACGAGGAUGAAUAUCAUCGCAGUGGUGAAGCAGGGCGGGAUGAAGAUGGAUAUGCGUAUGGCCAUGGUGCUAGUGACGACGGAGAGGAAGAGGACGAGGACGAGAAGAAAAAGUAUGGCGAUGGUAAACAAGAAGGCGAGGCAGCGUGGCGCAACUCGGAGGGUGAGCGGCUGAAAGAUUUUGGCGUGGAUGAGGACGUCGAGUUCUACGAUGAGCAGGAAGACGAUAUACCGCUGAGUGAGCUCCUGGCUAGAAGGCGAGCCGCAUCAACAUCAGCGUACAGUCGUCCGUCGCAGUAG